CCUCUGUCUUCCUGUUUGAGUGCCGCAGCUGGAAAAAAAAUGGCAGGUGAUACAGGGAGAUACAGGGGUGCAGUCAGCAAAAACAAAGACCCUUCUGGUCUUCUCAUCUCAGUCAUAAGGACUCUGUCCAGCAGCGAUGACGUGCAGGACAGGGAGACCGAGAAGGGUCGUCUGGAGGAGGCCUUCGAGAAGUGCGACACCGAUUUGGAUAAGCUCAUCGUUCAGCAUUAUGCCGAGCUCACCACCGCCAUCAGGACCUACCAGAGCAUCACGGGGCGCAUCACCAGCUCCCGCAACAAGAUCAAACAGGUGAAGGAGAACCUCCUGUCUUGCAAGAUGCUGCUCCACUGCAAAAGGGACGAGCUGAGGAAGCUGUGGAUAGAAGGCAUCGAGCACAAGCACGUCCUCCAGCUGCUCGAUGAGAUUGAAAACAUUAAGCAGGUGCCUCAGCGGCUGGAGGCCUACAUGGCGAGCAAGCACUACCUUCACGCCACGGACAUGCUGGUGACGGCCGUGGAGUCCUUAGAAGGCCCCUUGCUGCAGGUGGAGGGUCUUGGAGACCUGCGCCUGGAGCUCCACAGCAAGAAGCUCAACAUCCACCUGGUGCUCAUUGACGAGCUGCACCGACACCUCUACAUCAAGUCCACGUCUCGCCUGGGACACAAGAACAAGGACAAAAAUGCUGUUCGCGGUCCAGGCUCCAUGACCAAAGACACGUCUCCGAUGCCGGCGCUGGAUGUCGGCGGCCUGUCCACUCCACGCAAGCUGCUAGAUUCCUCCCAGUUCAGCACGCCUGGAUCCAGCAGUGUGCGUGAGCUGCAGCAAGAUAUGCGGGAACUGAACCAAGCAGACCUAUCCGAGGUGGAUCCAGAAGAGAACAGCGCCGAGUUCAUGGGCAUCCUCAUCAGGGCUUUGGCCAAGCUGAAGAAACUCCCCGAGACAAUCAAAGCCAUAAUGGAGCGGCUGGAACCCGAGCUGAAGCAGAUUGUCAAGAGGUCCACCACUCAGAUAGCGGACCAUGCUUACCAGAGGGGAGAGAACCUGGCCCAGGAGAGCCAGCCGAGGCUGCUGCUGGAACUCCUGGAGCUCCUGUUCGACAAGUUCAAGGCAGUGGCCCAGGCUCACAGCGUGGUGCUGGCCCACCUGCAGAAGAUUGCGGCGCAGUGCCAGGGCGGUGCCCACGAGGAGGACAUCAAGCUCUACGAGCAGGCGGACGUCUCGGCCAAAAUCCAGGCGGUGCUGCAGGUUCUGCUCAUGGAGUAUCUGGACGUGAAGAACAGCCGCAGCGCCACCGAGCCGUCGGCUCAGCUCUCCUACGCCAGCACCGGCAGUGAGUUUGCGGCCUUUUUCGCGAAGAAGAAACCACAGCGUGCCAAGCAGUCGCUCUUCAAGUUUGAAUCAUCUUCCCAUGCCAUCAGCAUGAGUGCCUACCUGAGGGAGCAGAGGCGAGAGCUCUACAGCAAGAGUGGAGAAUUACAAGGAGGCGCGGAUGACAACCUGAUUGAAGGCGGAGAGAUGAAGUUUGUGUGCAAGCCGGGAGCGAGGAACAUCACCGUAAUCUUCCAGCCUCUUCUCAGAUUCAUCCAGGAGAUAGAGAAGAACAUGGGACCGGGCCAAGCCAAGCAGUGCCAGCUCCGAGCUUUCCUCACCUACUACAUUAACGACCUCUUCCUCAACCAGGUGCGGACAGAGAUCAACAAGGACAUCGAAGCAGUGAGCAAGACGGCCGACCCCUUGAAGAUCCUCGCCAACGCCGACACCAUGAAGCUUCUGGGCGUCCAGAGACCCCUGCUGCAGAGCACUGUGGUUGUGGAGAAGUCCAUCCAGGAUCUAAUGAGCCUCAUGAAAGACCUGAGUGCCUACUCUAACCAGUUCCUGGAGAUGGUCUGCGACAAGCUGAAAGAGUACAAGGAAAUCUGCAACACAGCCUACAGGGACAUCGUCCAAUGUGAGGAAAAGCUCACCAUCAGUGCUUCCUGGUCUAAGGACGAGGACAUCAGUCGUUUGCUGCAGUCCCUCCCUAACUGGGCAAACAUGGCCCAGCCCAGACAGACCCGGCAGAAGAGAGAGGACGAAGAGGACUUCACCAGGGCGGCGUUUGCUAAGGAGUCCGAGGUGCUGACCGGUAACCUGGGAGACAAGCUGAUCCCCCAGAACGAGAUCCUGCGCGACGUCAGUGACCUGAAGGCUCUGGCCAACCUCCACGAGAGCAUGGAGUGGCUCGCGGGUCGCCUCAAGAACUUCUUCGCCAGCCUUCCCCAAGCCUCCAAUGUGUCUCCAUGCUCAGCAGACAGCCAAGUGGUUGGCGAGAGCGAACGCAGCAGGGAGCAGAUUCUCCAGACCCUCAGCGACCUGUCCAGGGGCUUCCAAGAUAUCGCCGACCGUUGUCUCCUGGUGUUACAUCUGGAGGUCAGGGUGCAUUGCUUCCAUUACCUGAUCCCCUUGACCAAGCAAGGAAACUAUGCCAUCGUGGCUAAUGUGGAGAGCAUGGACUACGACCCGCUGGUGGUCAAACUGAACAAGGACAUCUCGGCCAUAGAGGAAGCCAUGGGGGCCGCCUUGCAGCAACACAAGUUCCAGUACAUCUUUGAAGGUCUCGGCCAUCUGAUCUCCUGCAUCCUCAUAAAUGGGGCUCAGUACUUCAAGAGAAUCAGCGAGUCGGGCAUCAAGAAGAUGUGCCGGAACAUAUUCGUCCUCCAACAGAACCUCACCAACAUCACCAUGUCCAGGGAGGCUGACCUCGACUUUGCCAGGCAGUACUACGAGAUGCUGUACAACACGGCGGACGAGCUGCUGAACCUGGUGGUGGAUCAGGGGGUCCGCUACACGGAGCUGGAGUACAUCAACGCGCUGUCGCUGCUGCAUCGCAGUCAGACGGGCGUGGGCGACCUGAGCACUCAAAACACCCGGCUGCAGAGGCUGAAGGAGAUCAUCUGCGAGCAGGCUGCAAUUAAGCAGGCCACCAAGGACAAGAAGAUCACCACAGUGUAAUGAAAGGGAAAUACGGAGCAUUUUCCCAGAGAAUAACCUCCCUCCUACACCUUUCUCCAGCAGUGUAGAUAAUUGGGGCAGAUUUGCAAGACUAAAAGAGGACGUCUUGCAGCGGUGGGGGGGAGGGGGGGCAUUUGAAAAUUUGGUAAGAAUACACUGAAAUUGAUGUUUGCUUUAGACGUGAGAUCUGGAAAAACGGAAGCCGUCUUCUCCAUUUCACCUUCCCCGGUGUGAUGAAACACAUCGUAGUCUGAGGCUGACAUAGAUAUAUACUUUUGUCUGUAGAUUAUGUAUCAGCUUAUUCGCCGCUGACUCACUCUAAUUGGGAAGGGAGGUGAGAAGCUGCGCAAAAACUUCGCAAAGCCUGUUCAUCCACGUAUGCGUGUCAUAACCCACAUCCGCUUUUUUAAGAGACGUAACAAAUGCGGCUCGCGCGUCCGACUCUCACCGCGGCCGCAGCGCUGCAUAAAUGGCGACGGCCUCGGACGCUCACCCAAACUUAGACCCUAUCUCAUCUCAUUUUCCUAUUAGAUCUAAACUGCUGCUCUCAAUUACACCUCUAUGUCUCCUCUCCUGGCGUCCCCAUGGGCCUACUGAUUCUGUCUGCAAUAACAGAUGCCAGAUUAGACUGUCUGAAUGAGGCCACAUCUUCCGUCUGCUGCCAAUUUGGGUCGCUCCCCAAAGAUUUCCCUCGCAGAGAACUGUAUCAUAACUACGGUUGUUAAAAAAUCUGCCCUUUUUCCUUACGGGUUGAGCGUUAAACUCGCGCGACUGUUGUCGAAAGUUGUCGGGAAGUAAACUUUUCGAGGAUUUUUUUCCCCACAAAUUGGACGCGAAAACUGAAGAUGCUGCCGAUUUCACUUGCAUCGCGUUCUAACGUUAUGCUUCAAGUCGAGCCUCCCGCGGAGAAGUGACCGGCGCUUUCUGUGUUAAAGCACGUGCGCGGGAAUACGUUUAAUCCAUCGCGCCGGCUCUAUAAAUUGAAACCGUGCAAUUCCGAAUCUCGUUCCCACAGCCCGAGUCUUUUAGAGUGAACUAUAAACACGAGAGACGGCCACAAAUCAUUCCCCUCCCCGCAACCCUGCUUGUUUUUUCGUUCAUUAACUUGGGAGAGAAGUACUUAACGAGAGGAGGAGAGGGGAAUGGGGGAGCCUUGUCAAUACAGCGGGCCCGGCGCUGGGCUCCCUGAAGCCCACGGAGCAAUCCAUCAUAAUGACACAUAGGCAGCGAUCGAUGGGAAAACAACUGUGGAGCUGCUGAGUGGCUCGCCUACCACUCUGAAAUGUACACUUGGUGUAAAAUCUAAAAAUCUGCUCAUUCAUCUGUUCACUCCAGAGCUACUUUUGUAAUGUUAUACAUGGGGAAUUUUAAUACAAUGUCAACUCCACGCUUUACAUACCCAUAAGAGUCCUCGGCCAUGCUCAUAUACAAGUCCUAGCUUUAAUGCUUUUGUAUUUCUUUUUCAUUGCAACGUGUGUCUAUUUUGCACAUCUAUUUGGUGGGAGUAAAUAACAGUUUCACAUGAGAAUGUACUGAACACGUCAACCUGUUUUGAACAAGUUCAGAUGUACUACUCAUUCUGCUGGCUCUUAACCGUCUAAUAAAUGCUCUGAAAUUUGUCUACUCUAAAUUAAGCACACAUGAUUUGUCAUUGCACACACUACAUGUCUCAGAAAAAAUAAAAUAAAAUCUGCAAAAGUC